UGCCUUGCCAUGCGACGCAAAUUGCACAACCUUCCAGAUACGCUCAGCCUCCCUUUGUUUCCGCAGACCCAUUCGCCGAACUCUCCGCGUCAUGCUCGGUGCAGACUUGACAGCGGCUUGCUUGUCCCGUUGCUAUAUAUCAUUGACCUGGACCUGUCCAGCUCCCCACUUCCCCCUCUCUUCCCACCGUCCCCACCCCCUCGGUCGCUCCCUCGACCAUUCCUAGCCCCGCAUGUCCGAUCAAGCGUCGCUGUCCGCUCCCGCCCAGGGAGAGGAACGCGACCAGGUCCCCGAGCUCCCGGUCGGCCUCAGCGCCCAUCCUAGCGCAGCUAAUCUCCACUCUUACCGAUCCAACGAGUCACUGCAUUCCACUAUUGAGGUAGUCCACCAUACCCCGGCUGGCAAUACCCCGGCCGGAAGCCAUCCAAAUGUCAACCUCACCAUGUUCGACCCUGCCGGCGUCAACGGCCUUAGUCGCACCCUCAGCCACAUCUCCCUUCCUCCUGAUACCACCACCGCCCCCGGUGCGAAAUCCAUGGAGUCCGUGUCCUCACAUGGCACUGCUGUCGGCGAAGCCUUUGAUCUGGAAAAGGUGUUGAAGGGACUCCUGCGAAAGGGCGACGAGGCUGGCUUGCCCAAGCGCGAGCUCGGUGUGAGCUUCGAAGACCUUCGGGUCGUCGGCCUGGGUGCAGCGGCGACCUACCAGCCGACGUUGGCGUCCAUGCUCAACCCCUUGAACGCUCUCAGGAAGAUUAACCGCGCACGGCAUCCUGCUCUCCGCGACAUUCUCAGCGGCUUCUAUGGUGUCGUCCGCCCCGGAGAAAUGUUGCUGGUGCUUGGACGCCCAGGCGCCGGUUGCUCGACUCUCCUCCGCACGCUCGCGAACCAGCGGGACGAGUACUACGCCAUCGAGGGCGAGGUGCACUACGACUCCUUCACGUCGGAGGAGAUCCACAAAUCCUACCGCGGCGACGUCCAGUACUCACCCGAGGACGACGUGCACUUCCCAACGCUCACCGUCGGCCAGACGCUCAACUUUGCCGCCAAGACCCGCACGCCCCACAGUCGCAUCUCGGGACACUCGCGCGACGACUUCGUGAAACUCACGACCGACAUCGUGACGACUGUGUUUGGGCUCAGGCACGUUCGCGACACGCUCGUCGGGGAUGCUGCCGUUCGUGGUGUCUCUGGUGGUGAGAAGAAGCGUGUCUCGAUCAGCGAGGCUCUCGCGACCCGGUCCGUCAUCAACUCCUGGGACAACUCCACUCGCGGCCUCGAUUCAUCGACGGCUCUGGAGUUCGUGCAGGCGCUGCGCAUGGCGACAGAGAUCGCGCGCUCGACGACCAUCGUCUCCAUCUAUCAGGCCGGCGAGUCGCUGUACAAGCUCUUCGACAAGGUCUGCGUCAUCAACCAGGGCAAGAUGGCGUACUUCGGGCGCGCGGACCAGGCGCGGCAGUACUUCAUCGACCUCGGCUACGAGCCCGCGAACCGGCAGACGACGGCGGACUUCCUCGUCUCGGUCACGGAUCCGCUCGGGCGGACCGCGCGCCCGGGCUUCGAGCAGCGCGUGCCACGCACGGCCGCCGAGUUCGCGGCGCGCUACGACGCGUCGCCGUUCGCACGCUGGAACCGCGAGGACAUCGCCGCGUACAAGCGCGAGGCGGUCGGCAACCCGCAGCGCGCGAGCACGUAUCGCGACAGCGUCAUCAAGGAGCACGUGCGCACGGCCCGCGCGACGAGCGCGUACAUCACGUCCAUCCCGAUGCAGGCGCGUGCGCUCAUGACCCGCCGCGUGCAGAUCUUGCGGGGCGGCAUCGCGCUCCAGGUCGUGAACAUUGCGGUUUUCAUCGUCCAGGCGAUCAUCAUCGGCACGGUCUUCGUCCGCCUUCCGGACUCGACAUUGACGUACUUCUCUCGCGGUGGUGUCAUCUUCUUCGCACUCCUCUUCGCGGCACUCACAGCACAGGCUGAGAUUCCCGCGCUGUUCGCGCAGCGGCCAAUCGUCUUGCGGCAGUCUCGCGCGGCGAUGUACUACCCGUUCAUCGAGUCGCUCGCGCUCACGCUCGUCGACAUGCCCAUCGCGUUCAUAACGCUCCUCAUGUUUUCCAUCGUCCUCUACUUUAUCGUCGGCCUCCAGCAAACCGCAUCGCAAUUCUUUAUUUUCUUGCUUUUCGUUUACACAAUGACGAUCACCAUGCGGUCCUGGUUCCGUUUACUUGCGGCGGCGUUCAAGACGCCUGCGCCUGCGCAGACAGUCGCUGGUCUCGCCAUCCUUAUCUUGGUCCUGUACACCGGCUACGCGAUCCCCCAGCCGUCCAUGAUCGGUGCCCUUCGGUGGAUCACUUACGUCAACCCGAUCCGCUACGGCUUCGAAGGCCUGCUCGUGAACGAGUUCCACACGCUCGACGGGCAGUGCGCGUCACUCAUCCCGUCGGGUCCCGGCUACGAAGGCAUCUCGAUCGACAACCAGGUGUGCACGACCCUCGGUUCGCUGCCGGCACAGGCGACCGUCGACGGGAACCGGUACGUGCUGCUCUCAUUCGGCUACGAGUACGCGCACCUCUGGCGCAACUUCGGCAUCGUCGUCGCGUACGGCAUCGGCUUCACGCUCCUGUACCUCCUCGGCACGCAGGUCAACACGCGCUCCUCCGCCGAGAGCGCCGUCACGCUCUACCGGCGCGGUUCUAACGUCGACGUCGAGCACGAGACGGGCAAUGACGAGGAGAAGGCUGCGAGCCCCGAGAUCGGCGCGAUGCAGGAGAAGGAGGUGGAGCACGCGAUGAAGGAGUCGCCGGCCAUGAGCGACAUCUUCUCGUGGUACCACCUCCGGUACGACGUCCCUGUCGGACACGGCAAGACUAGGCGGUUGUUGGAUGACGUCUCUGGCUAUGUUGCGCCAGGCAAGCUGACUGCGCUCAUGGGAGAGUCCGGUGCCGGAAAGACAACCCUGCUCAAUGUCCUCGCCCAACGGACAUCCAUCGGCGUCGUCACCGGCGACCGCUUCGUGAACGGGCACGCGCCGCCGCCAGACUUCCAGGCCCAGACCGGCUACUGCCAGCAGAUGGACACGCACUUGCCGUCGACGACGGUGCGCGAGGCGCUGCUGUUCUCCGCGCGGAUGCGCCAGCCAGAGAGCGUGCCGUACGCGGAGAAGGCAGCGUACGUCGAGAAGUGCCUGAAGAUGUGCGGGCUCGAGGCGCACGCGGAGGCGGUCGUGGGCUCGCUCGGCGUCGAGCACCGGAAGCGGACAACGAUCGGGGUCGAGCUCGCGGCGAAGCCGCGGCUGCUGCUCUUCCUCGACGAGCCGACGUCCGGGCUCGACUCGCAGAGCGCGUGGGCGAUCAUGUCCUUCCUCCGCAAGCUCGCCGACAGCGGCCUCUCGAUCCUCUGCACCAUCCACCAGCCGAGCGCGGAGCUCUUCCAGGUCUUUGACCGCCUCCUGCUCCUCCGCAAGGGCGGCCAGACGGUCUACUUUGGCGAUAUCGGCCCGAACUCGAGCACGCUCAUCAGCUACUUUGAACGCAACGGUGCCGUGAAGUGCGGUCCUGACGAGAACCCGGCUGAGUACAUCCUCACGUCUAUUGGUGCCGGAGCGACCGCCACGUCCGAGUUUGACUGGUACGAGAAAUGGAGCAACUCCAAGGAGGCCGACGGCCUGCAGCAGGAGCUCGAGCAGAUCCACGCCGAGGGCCACAGCCGCGGAGCAGUCGGCGCGACGUACAAGAGCGAGUUCGCGACGCCGUGGAUGUACCAGGUCGGGCAGCUCCUCCGACGUGACUGCCUCGCGCACUGGCGGGACCCGACGUACCUGCUCGCGAAGCUCGCGCUGAACAUCAUCGCGGGUCUGUUCAUCGGCUUCACAUUCUUCAAGAGCAAGGACACGCUCCAGGGCACGCAGAACAAGCUCUUCGCGGUCUUCAUGAGCACGAUCAUCUCCGUGCCGCUCACGAACCAGCUCCAGGUGUCGUUCAUCAACAUGCGCAACGUGUACGAGAUCCGCGAGCGCCCGAGCCGGAUGUACUCGUGGACGGCGCUCGUCACGAGCCAGAUCCUCUCGGAGGUGCCGUGGAACAUCUUCGGGGCGUCGCUCUUCUUCGUCUGUUGGUUCUGGACCGUCGGCUUCCCCACCAGCCGUGGCGGCUACACUUUCCUCUUCUAUUCCAUCGUCAAUCCCAUCUACUAUACUACGAUCGGACAGGCCGUCGCAGCGAUGUCCCCUAACACCGAGAUCGCGGCAAUUCUCUUCAGCUUCCUCUUCUCUUUCGUCAUCACUUUCAACGGUGUCCUGCAACCCUUCCGCGAGCUUGGUUGGUGGCGCUGGAUGUACCGCCUCUCGCCGUACACGUACCUGAUCGAGGGCCUCGUCGGGCAGGCGUUCGGCCGCCAGACGGUCAACUGCGCCGACGUCGAGCUCGUGCAGGUGAACCCGCCCUCGGGAAAGACGUGCGGCGCGUACCUCGACCCGUUCAUCAGCAACGCGGGCGGGUACAUCACGAACCCGGAUGCGAGCGAGGCGUGUCUGUACUGCUCGUUCCGGACGACGGACCAGUUCCUCCUGAACAGCUUCAACAUCGAGUGGGGCCACCGCUGGCGCAACUUCGGGUUCAUGUUUGCGUUCAUCGCGUUCAAUAUCUUUGCGAUAUAUGCCUUCACGUACAUCUUCCGCAUCAACAAGACCAACCCGUUCAAGUUGCUGUCCGCCCGUCUGCGACGGAACCGCUCGUAAAGUCACCUUCGUUAACGCCCUCGACACGCUUUAAGACGUUUUUUGGCUAUGAGAAUUACACGCCUAUUUAAUGUUGUUAGAUACCGUCCUGCUUUCGCUUCGGAAGUCCCUAGAGAUACCUUUAUUUGCAUUUACCCAAGUAAUUCUGUGGAACAUCAUGUAAUGGCAAGAAUAUUUGAAUUUGUUGACAACUGGAAAUCCCGGCUGAGAAAAACGCGCAGAAUUAAUAGUACAGUUCUAUGUUACCAUCCCGCGAGACAAUUCAAACGUCUCUCCUGUCUAUCCCGAUAUCAUUGGAAAUCUGUUCUGCGCGGUGACAGAGCUGUGUCAAGCGUCUUCAUACGCCGAGACACCCAAAUCGCGCAGCCUGCCCUUGUCAAUGUCGUACACCCACCCAUGCACGCCGACGAGCCUCGUCAUCCCGCGGACGGCAGGGUCUUGCGACCACGCGGCGCGGACGACGUCGGUCUGGAGGAGGUUCUCGACCUGCGCGCGGACGUUCGCCUCGACGAGCUCGAGCGACUCGGGCGCGUGCAGGUCGCGCGCGAGGUCCGUGAGCGGCGCGAGCCAGCGCUGCAGGGGCGACGUGGGCGCCGCGGCGGCGGACUGGGCGGCGGACUGGGCGGCGGCGAUGCACGCGGCGACGCCGCCGCAGUGGCUGUGGCCUGCGACGACGACGUGCUCGACGCCGAGCUCGACGAUGGCGUAGGUGAGCACGGACAGGACGCUGUCGUCGUGCAGGUGCACCUGGUUGGCGAUGUUGCGCGUGACGAAGACUUCGCCGGGUUUGCAGGCCAUGAGGACCGACUCUGGGACACGCGAGUCGGCACAGCCUAUCCAGAGGACUUUGGGCGCCUGGCCCUUUGAACACUGCUCAAAGAAUCCUGGCUCAACGCGGGCGACGUCGGUAGCCCACUGCGCGUUCGACUGCAGGAGACGGUUGAGAACGCCGGACGGGUCGCGGCGGACAGAGUGACCUGGCUUCGCAUAGCCGUUCGCAUGUGUAGGUUCUGAGACGAGGGUAGCAGACAUUGUCGCGAAUUCUUGUCG